AUGGCGGCAUCAGAACCCCUCUCCGUCCCCUCCUUCGCAUCAACCCAGCUCUCCCUCCUCUCCGCCGAGCUCGCCGCCGAGGUUGCCGAGUCAUCGGCCCUCGUCUCCCACCACGCCCCCGCCGCCCUCCAGCGCGCGGGCCUCGCCCUCCCCAACCUCGUCGUCGGCGCCCGCCGUACCGGCCUCGGCGGCCGCACUGUCCUGGAACUCGGCGCCGACCCGGCCGUGUCCUCGGACCUCCCAGAACACGGCCUCCGCCCGGGCGACAUUGUUCUCGUCUCGGAGCAGCCCGCGGGGAACGCCAAGAAGAAGGAGGUCAAGGAGCUCGAGAGCAAAGGGGCGCGCGGCGUCGUCACGAGGGUGCGGAAUGAGACGAUCGGCGUUGCCGUCGACGAGGGCAAAGGGGAGGAGAGGGAGUUCGGCGGGAGGGUUUGGAUCGUCAAGGUUGCUGACGAUGUCACGUACCGGAGAAUGAACCAAACCAUGGAGAAGCUCGAGAAAAUGACCGAAUCAGAGUACACCGCCUUCAUGCGCGUCCUGUUUGGCCUCUCGAGCCCGUCUCCCGUGCCCCAAGACCUGGCGUUGGAUCCGGAGCUCUCCAAGAUCCAAUGGAUUGACCCUUCGCUCAACGACUCCCAGAAGGAUGCCAUCCGGUUUGCGCUGGCAUCACGGGAAGUGGCCCUCAUCCAUGGGCCGCCGGGUACUGGUAAAACUCAUACCCUCAUCGAGCUAAUCCUCCAACUGAUCAAGCUUGACCUCCGCAUCCUCGUCUGCGGCCCCUCCAACAUCUCCGUCGACAACAUCGUUGAGCGCCUGGCGCCGCACAAGAUCCCCAUCCUCCGCCUCGGCCACCCGGCUCGUCUGCUCCCCAGCGUCCUCGCCCACUCCCUCGACGUGCUGACCCAGACCUCCGAGGCCGGAGCCAUCGUCAAGGACGUCCGCGCCGAGAUGGAUGCGAAGCAGGCAUCCAUUAAAAAGACCCGCAAUGGCCGCGAGAAGCGCCAGAUCUACGCAGAUCUCAAGGAGCUGCGCAAGGAGUUCCGCGAGCGCGAGCGCCGCUGCGUCAGCGACCUCAUCCGCGAGAGCAAGGUGGUCCUGGCGACGCUGCACGGCGCUGGGGGGCACCAGCUCCGGGACCAGCAGUUCGACAUCGUCAUCAUUGACGAGGCCAGCCAGGCGCUCGAGGCGCAGUGCUGGGUGCCCUUGCUGUCGGCCAAGAAGGCCGUGUGUGCCGGCGAUCAUCUGCAGCUCCCGCCGACGAUCAAAUCGCUCAACUCCAAGGUGAAGGCCGCGGUAGUACCGAAAGAAGGCGCGGAAAAGCAGAUCAAGGGCAUGACGCUGGAAACGACUCUGUUUGACAGACUACUCGCUCUCCAUGGGUCAUCCAUCAAACGCAUGCUGACCACACAAUAUCGCAUGCAUGAGAAGAUUAUGAGGUUCCCGUCGGACGAGCUCUACGAGGGAAAGCUCAUCGCUGCAGAGGCAGUCAGAGAACGCCUCCUCAAAGACCUACCGUAUGAAGUUGAGGACACCGAAGAUACAAACGAGCCGCUAGUCUUUAUAGAUACGCAAGGCGGCGACUACCCUGAGAAGAGCGAGGACGACGACAAGGACGCCGUCAAAAAGGCCAAAUUCAGUCUGCAUGGGGAGAGUAAGAGCAACGAGAUGGAAGCAGCGUUGGUGCGCCAGCAUGCCCAGAAACUGGUCGACGCUGGAGUCAAGCCAGAGGACAUCGCCGUCGUGACCCCUUACAAUGCUCAGGUACGUUUAAUCAACCCCCUGAAAUCCCCUGAAUGGUGUUUGGUCCGGCAGCUGUGA